AUGCCCCCCGACAAACGGUGUACGGAAACUUACCGUCUGACAGAGGAACAAAAACAAUUUUGGCUCGAGAAUGGGUAUCUUAAAAUCCCCCAUUGCUUCACAAAGGAAGCCGCAGACGACUUUACCUCAACUAUAUGGACACGCCUAGGCGCCACGCCGGACGACAAAUCAAGCUGGCCGUCCAACAGGCUGAAUAUGCCUGGACAUGUGACGAUCCCGGCAAAAGACUUUGCGCCCAAGGCGUGGGACGCCGUGUGCGAGCUUCUAGGUGGUGAGGAUAAGAUCGCUGACUGGUGCAAAGACUGGAAAGACGGGUUUAUCGUCAACUUGGGUGACGUCGACUCUAGUAAGCCUGUCGAAGAGGUCAACUUUCGAAAAUUGGACAAUUGGCAUGCAGACGGCGACUGGUUUUAUCAUUUUCUAGAUAGCCCCGAGCAGGCGCUCCUUAUCAUCCCGCUUUUCACGGACAUAAAGCCCAGAGGGGGAGGCACAGUGAUAUGCACCGAUGGUAUUCGCCUUGUGGCACAGCGAUUAUAUGAGCAUCCAGAAGGGAUGACACCGUUCCUGGCUCUGCGAGAUGCAAAUGCAGCACAGGAUCCCUUCAAGCGAGUCUUCUGGAACGAGUGGGCCCAGGACCACCAGUUAACACGAGACGAAAGCUUCCACGAGGUUACGGGACAGAUCGGGGACGUUUUUCUGCUUCACCCUUUCAUGCUUCACUCGGCCUCGCAGAACUUGCUACGACUGCCACGCAUCAUCACGAACCCACCCGUCAUGCUGAAAGAGCCGUUCAACUACAACCGGACAAAGCCUGACGAAUACAGUCUCGUUGAACAGAAGACUCUCCGAGAACUUGGACACCCUGAAGGUCUACCUGGGUGGAAAAUCACAGGGCCAAGAGAGCGGAUUGUGCCGACUCGUGUCAAGGUGAGGGACCCCCUUAAACCAGCCCAAUCGCCUCAUUUGACGUGA